CAGCAACAACAUCAACAUCAAAAUCAACAACAAUGGCCACCGCAGACCUCCUCCUCUACACUGCCAAGAUCUGCCCAUACGCUCAUCGCGCCGAGCUCGCACUGGCAGAGAGCAACCAGGACUUUGAGCGCUACGAGAUCGACCUGCAGAAGAAGCCCGAGUGGUAUGAGAGCAAGGUCAACAAGGCCUCCAAGGUGCCUGUUCUUGUCGUCCGCAACGGGAAGCAGGGCAGUGACGCCUACCUGCCCGAGUCGCUUGUAGUGGCAGAGUACAUUGCAGAGGCAUUUGCAUCGCAGAAGGGUGGAGAGGCUCUGCUGCCUGAAGACCCACUCGACAAGGCUCGUAUCCGCUACGUGAUCGAGCGCUUCUCACAGCUCUUCGGCCCUGCCUUCGGCGCCGCAUUCCGCGAGCGAGACGCAGCAGCGGUACCCAAGACGGUUGAGGCUCUGAAACAGUUCCAAGAGCUGCUCCCUGCCGAAGGACCCUACUUCCUUGGUAAAAGAUAUUCCUUGGCCGAAGUGGCCAUCUCGCCCUUCGUCGGUCGACUUCUGCUGUACGCCAGCUCAGGCUUACUGCCUGCCUCCGACGUAGACGUCGCCAAGGUCGUCUCAGAGGACCCUUCCCUCAAGCGUCUGUCCGAGUGGUGGAGUGCAGUAAUCGCCCGCCCCUCUUGGGCUAAGACUUUUGACGAGGCUACACUUCUCAAGCAGGCCAAGGGUCGAGUAGCCCAGAUGGAGGAGGCCGCGGCUUCGAAGAAGUGAAAAGGAGGGGUGGACUCACAGCGUACGAUCCAGUGUUUGUGUUGUAUUGUGUUAUGUAAUGUACAAUGGUAUUCUGGAAGCUCAGCAUACUAAGCAUCAAGACCACCACGAAUCUUCCGCUUCUGACUAUCCGGGAUGUCCGAUGUCCCUGACUCUGCUCCAGAGGUGCCGAAGAUCCCCUCGCGUCCAUAUCAUCUCACGCAACUUCGACCAUGCGUCGAUCUCUUUCGCAGAAGAACUAUUGAAGAAUCCUGCCCUACCAUAUCUCCCCUGGCUAAUAUGCCAGUCCCUGUCACGAGCAGCGAAUUUGAGCAUCAUCGAGAGCGUCUUGACAUCUGGACCGCUCUCGCUGCCGUCAUCGGUAGCUGGCCUCGACUUCAGCUCCAAGAUCAUCUUCUCCAACUCGUCCAUUGCCUCCCACACGCGACCUCUCUUGCACAAGAAUUCCAGCCAUGAGUUCCAGGCGUUC